AUGAAGGCUUCCUACUUUGAUCAGGUGUUGUGCUACCCGGAGCGUGAGGCCCUGAUGACGCAGUGCCCAGCCCUCGCACUCUUCUGCUACCAGGAAUUUGUUGCCGCGGUUCAAGGCGGAAAGCGCGUGACCGACCCCUUAGCUACGAAGGACGAGGUGGCGGUGUUGUUGUCGGCCGCAACAGUCUCUGAGGUUACCGCGAGAGUGUUUGCGGAGGCGGAGGAAGCUGCACCGCUCCAUCCCUUUUGGCGCACGCUCCGAGUGGCCUUAGAGUGUGCGUGGGACCCUGUCCAGAACAGCGAUGGCCAUUGGCGGCUCUACGAGUUAGCAUGGCAAGCUCGCCUUUAUGGAAAGUCAAUGCCGCGAAUGCCGCUUGCUCAAGUCUCUUUGCAAAACACCUUGGAGGCAAGUCGGAAUGUGCUUCGCAUGACGACAGCCUGCGCCCUCGCGGGAUCUAUUGACCCGUGUGGAGAGAAGCGUGGACAGCCCAUUGCGGCCAUGUUGCAGUAUUCCCGUCUCGUUCCUCCGUUGUCUGAAGCGAACGAGAUUACCUCGGAGGGGUUGAGCUUUUGCAUGCAGCCCUUACAACAGCAAUGGUGGACGUUGGUUUCUGUGGUCCUAGAACGCGUAUUGGUAUUAACAAGUAACAAGGGGGUAACGCGUUCCGAGCUAUGGCAAUUGUUAGCUAUUUUGUUUGCCCUUGACACAAGUCAAUUUGUCUACAUGUUUCCCGAAAAAGAAAAGGACUUAGCCGCCUUUCAACUUUUGGCACGUCUUUCGGAGGUGGGGCUUGUGUACCCGCUACUUUCGGAUGGUCUUCGUUGCUUUGCGUUGUCACCUCACUUUCACCAUGCACUUUGCUGGAGCUCCACGGCUCCGCUCUGCACGGCUGCGCUACUUGGUGGCGAAGGAACCUCGUCUCAUCGCGUCCGUCGCGAGGAUGAGGACACAAUUAUCACCGAGACCAACUUUCGCCUCUACGCCUAUACGAAAAAUUUGGAUCUUUUGAAUAUUCUCAAUCAAUUUGCGGAGAAGGAGGCCGAAGUGGAUCAGAUGAUUGUAUGUUAUCGAGUUACGCGGAGAACCUUUGCAGCGGCUUUAAAACGUGGUAUUGGUGCCUCGCACAUCUUGCAGUUUCUUGCGGUGAAGGCGCAUCCGUCCAUGUUGAAGCAUUAUGGGGACGGUGAGUCCAAGGAGGCGACAAACUCGGCUCUCUCGGGAGCUGGGAAACGCUUUAGAAAUGCCUCCGAUAUCCGUAUUGAAGGGGUCAUUCCACAGUCGUUCUGCGACCAACUAAUGACGUGGGAAAAAGAGUGUCGGCGGCUUAUUUUUAGGCGCGACCUUGUACUGCUCCGAAAUGUCAGUAGGCCUCAGCGGGAGGUGUUAUUGAACGCACUUUCCUUGGGUGGGGAGAGACAGGCCGUGGUGCACCAGGAAAAUGGUUAUUUGGUAGUUCAACGUGACGCGUAUGAGCGUGUGCUGGCACCACUUAUUCCCACAGAGUAG